AUGACGAACCACGUAACAAGCGGUGCCGGUAAGUGUUGGUACGAACACUUAACAAUCGACAUCCUCGCCAGCGUCCUCUCGAACAGCAUCUUCCACCCCUUUGUCGCCUGGAUCAUCCCGCUCUGCCUCCGCUCUCUCCAAGCGCCGUACGAUAGCAACGAGUUCAUCGCAUCAUGCAUAUAUGCCUCCUUCAUCACAUUCGUGUGGAUGCUGAGCAUCAUCAACAAACGCGUAGCAUAUGGCUUGCCGCGCGAGAUGGACUGGAAUGAAGAGGUCGUGGCCAUAACAGGCGGAGCCGGUGGACUGGGCAAGAUUCUGGCUGAGAUGUAUGGCAUGAGAGGUGCUAGUGUUGCGAUACUGGAUGUUGCCGUUCCAGAGAAAGAGAGUGAAGGAAUGGCAGGAGUACAGUACUACCCAUGUGACGUGGGAGAUCAUGCAGCGGUGGAGAAAGCCAUGGAGCAGAUAGAGAAAGAUCUGGGCCCACCCACCAUCCUCAUCAACAACGCCGGCAUGGUAAGCGGCAAACCUCUCCUGGAACUAACAGCCCAAGAACUCCAACGCAACUUCAACGUGAACCUCAUCUCCCACUUCCACACAAUCCGCGCCUUCCUCCCCGGCAUGCUCACCUCCGAAACAGGCGGCACGAUCGUCACAGUCGCAUCCGUCCUCGGCAAAAUAGCAGCGAGCCACCUCGCCGACUACUGCGCAGCGAAAGCAGGCCUCAUCGCCAUGCACGCCUCGCUUCGAGCAGAACUUGCUUCCCCGACCGCACCAGAGGGAGCCGAGUAUAUACGAACUAUCCUUGUGACGCCAGGCCAGCUAGCGACGCCAUUAUUCGGACAGCUCGAGACACCUUCGACGUUCUUCGGACCGGUUGUGGAACCGGUGGAGUUGGCGAGGGCGAUUGUUAAGAUGGUUGAUGCUGGGGAGAGUGGAGAGAUCAGUAUGCCAUUGUAUGCGAGGUGGAUCGAGUGGACGAAGGUGCUGCCUGUGGGGAUGGAUAAGGUGGUGCGGUGGAUGAGUGGGAUGGAUCGGGCGAUGGAGGGGGUUCAUGUGAGGAGGAAGGGGGCAGAGAAAUGA